AUGGAAGAACGUUUCCGAUCUGCUGAUAAGUCUCUUGCUGGGACAUUAAUGGCUAAGCUUACCACCAUGAAAUUUGAUGGUACUUGUGGGAUGCAUGAGCAUAUCCUUGAAAUGACAAAUAUAGCUGCUAAACUGAAGGCUCUUGGGAUGGAUGUAAAUGAAUCCUUUUUAGUUCAAUUUAUUUUGAACUCCUUGCCUCCUCAAUUUGAAUCAUUUCAAAUUCACUAUAACACUAUUAAGGAUAAGUGGAAUGUGAAUGAAUUGACCAGUAUGCUUGUUCAAGAGGAGACAAGACUUAAGCAACAAGGACAUCAUUCUGUCAAUCUUGUAAGUCAUGGUGCCAAGAAAAAAUGGAAGAAGCCAAGAAAGGGCAUGAAGAGUGGACCAUCCAAGGGUAAAGAACCUCAUCAUGAUACCGAGGUUCAUAAGAAGAAACAAAACAAAGAUAGAUGUCAUUUUUGCAAGAAAUUGGGACACUAUCGAAGGACUGCCAUAAACGCAAGGCAUGGUUUGAAAAGAAAGGAAUUCCUUACAACCCAGAUGCAAGAUCCAAAUGAGAGUUUUAUCGUUUCAGGGAAUGGGGUUAGAGUUCCUGUAACAGCUGUUGGAACCUAUCGUUUGUUUUUAAAUACUGGUUGUCAUUUAGAUUUGCUUCAGACUCUUUAUGUUCCUUCUAUUUCUAGAAAUUUAAUUUCUGUUUCUAAACUUGAUGUUGAAGGAUAUUUCUUUAAAAUUGGGAAUGGUAGUUUGCGUCUUUUCAAAGACAAUGUCUUCCUUGGUUCUGGUGUUUUGUGUGAUGGCUUAUAUAAAACAGUGGAUGUCUUAGAGGUAUACAUUACUGAGGUUGAAAGACAAUUAGACAGAAAGGUGAAAAUUGUCAGGUCUGAUAGAGACGGUGAAUAUUAUGGUAGGUAUGAUGAAACAGGACAACACCCUGGCCCAUUUGCUAAACUCUUAGAAAAGCAUGGUAUAUGUGCCCAAUAUACUAUGCCGAAAACGCCACAGCAGAAUGGAGUAGCUGAAAGGCGUAAUCGUACACUUAUGGAUAUGGGUUGGAGCUACUGGUGGUGGUGGUGUGUGGAGCUAAGUGGUGGUGGUGCUGGAGCUAAGGUUGUUGCUGGUGGUGAUGGAGCGGAGGCAGCUGCUGCUCGAGAGGAAUGA